AGUAAAUAAAUAAACAACCGGAAAAAUAGUUUGAAGAGAAAAUUAAAAUAAAAACCUGAAAAAAAUGGAAUCCCCAGAGGAAAACUACUUGAUCCAAAGGGCCAAAAGUGCAACAGAUCCGAAUGUCGCAAAAGCCAUCAUAUUAACAGCAAAGACAUUAUAUCCACAAAACUUUAAAAUCCAGUUCAUGGCUUACAUGUUCGAGAAACAGGCAAAAAAUUACGACGAAGCUGCCAAAUCUCUCAGUCAUUUGCUUGUUACAUUCCAAAAUCAGCAACCACCGGAACUAUGGACAGAAAUUGGAAAAUUAACUGAAGCACUGAGGAUGCCGGAAGAUAAAGCAAACGAAGCCGACGGCGACGAUUUUUACAUAAAAAUGUUCCAACACAUCACUUAUGAGGUGCAGCAUAGCAUUCUUUUGCUCACUGCCAGCAAUUCUGACAAUCAAAUGGAUCAUUGUCGCCUGACUCUUUUGUUGCUUAAACGUUUUCCGCAGACAAUUGUCACCCAUGCACCUCGUUUAAUCGAAACUUUAAUUCAGGGCAUGCAACCAAGUUCGCCCGCUAACGUCAUAAAAUGUCGCGAAAUCCUGGUCAUGGAAGCACUGCCACUGAUAAUGACGAAACCCGUCGAAUUACCGCCACUUUUGAUCGAAAAAAUCCUUUUUGUCACGUUUGAGUUCUACAUGCAUCGAAUGUUCUCGCACCCGGAGGAGAAAGACGACGCUUGGCGAAAAGUCUUCGAAGUAAUGGAAAAUUACUCGAAAUGUCUUAAAUGGGAGCCUUUCAUGCCAUAUGCCAAAUCGAGCAGUAAAGAGGUUUAUUGGGAACGAAUGGUUCAUAUUGUCUCCUCGGCAGCCACAAAACCAUCGGAAAGCAAACAAAUCGUCUAUUAUGCCACAAUUUUGUUCAUGAUGUCGAUCCAGGAGUACGUGGAGAACGUAAAACAAAAAGUUGGCGAUACGGAACAAGAAUUAGUCCUCGUUGAAGGCAUCCCGACGGAAAAAAGGCGAAAAAUUGACCCCAUCGAGCCACCUCACAUCUCCGUCACGCAAGGCUGUUCGCCCGAAACGCCAAUUUGUCUCGUUGCCGCUGCCCAUUGCUGGCAAUUACUUCAUUCGAACGAACUUUUGCAGCAAGAUUUCACCCAGAUGAUCGUCAAUAUCUCGACGCCGCUCACAAAAUGGGUCAAUCGCUUCCUACUGGACCUCGCCAUCUACUUGCGACGCAACGACGAAGCCCUGUCGCUCAUGAAAGACUCGCACGCCGACAAAAGUGAACUCGAAAAAAGCGUCCGGCUCCUCAGUUUGACCAUCAGUCAGGGCACUUUGAAUGUCCAGGGCUUCGAACACAUAAUUUCCAUCUUACAGGAACUCCCCACGACGCCAGGCGUUUAUCUCCCGAACAACGUUUUCACACAUCCGAAACGCCAAUUACUCCUGCUGCCACUCACGAAAAAAUCCGUGUUGCAAUAUUGCGUGAAAGCGAUCAUCGCGUGUCUCAAACAACGUGUUCUCUCGGAUCCCAAUGCCUCGAAUUUGUUGCUUGGGAAUUUACUGGUUUUGUGUCAACUUGAUUGGCCGAACGAAAUUGCCGUGGCGGAGAUGAUUUUUGAGAUUAUUCGACAGCGGAGGGCUUUUUCGUACUUGCUGUUCCCGAAUUACAUCAUAAAUGUCGAGAUGAUUGAGGAAUUUAUGCAUUUAUUUUAUCCGGGAGAAGUCAAGUUGGAAUUUACGAUUCCGCAGACUUCGAGUAGGAGGAUUGGGACGAGAGGCAGUGAUAAGGGAGUGAAAGAGGAUUUUAUGCAAAUUAUUCGGCAGCAGAUUCAUCGUUCGAAUGAAGAUAUCGAUAAUGUGGUGAUUCAGUUUUUGCAGCAGGAGCAAGUUAUUUUGGUGCAAACGUUGUUUGAGAAAUAAAAAAAAAAUACAAAAAAAA